CCAUCAUCCUUGACAAGAAAUAAAAUAAUAGAAAGAAAAUAAUCUCUCCCACCAAUUUCAUUUGCUUUCCUUUGGACUGUCAGACUCUUCUCUUUCUCUUUCUGCACCAAAUACUUUUCUUCAUCUCUCCGGUUGCUUUUAGAACAAUCCCCUCCCGAGAUCAAGUAAAGAAGGUAAGGCGAAGUGGUUGAGGAACUUGAUCACAAUGAUGGAGCGACAAUCUCUAAUCAGAUUAUGGAGCAGUUUCUUAUACAUAUCGACACUGUUUUGGAUGCAAGUUCACUCUCACUCUGAGUAUUUGAUUGGACUUGGAAGCUAUGACAUCACCGGCCCUGCCGCUGAUGUCAACAUGAUGGGUUAUGCUGACAUGGCGCAAGUCGCAUCUGGUAUCCACUUCAGGCUCCGCGCUCGGACGUUCAUUGUCUCUGACCCACAAGGGAAGCGUGUUGUGUUUGUUAACAUCGACGCUUGCAUGGCUUCACAAAUCGUUACACUCAAAGUGAUCGAGAGGCUCAAGGCAAGAUAUGGGGACCUGUAUACGGAAAAGAAUGUUGCCAUCAGUGGCAUUCACACCCACGCUGGUCCUGGUGGCUAUCUUCAGUAUGUUGUGUAUAUUGUAACGUCACUUGGGUUUGUUCGUCAGUCAUUUGAUGCCCUUGUUGAUGGAAUUGAGAAUAGUAUCAUCCAAGCUCACGAGAACCUCCGUCCUGGAUCAAUUUUUCUCAAUAAUGGUGAGCUUUUGGAUGCUGGCGUUAACCGGAGUCCAAGUGCAUAUCUUAACAAUCCUUCUGAAGAAAGGAGUGAAUACAAGUAUGAUACCGAUAAAGAAAUGACUCUCUUGAAGUUUGUGGAUGAUCAGUGGGGUCCAGUAGGUAGUUUCAACUGGUUUGCUACUCAUGGAACUUCCAUGAGUCGUACAAACUCUUUGAUCAGUGGGGACAACAAGGGCGCUGCAGCAAGAUUAAUGGAGGAUUGGUUUGAACAGAGGGAAGAGCUUGUUUCCGAUGAGAUACCUAGAAGAGUUUCAAGCAUAAUCGAGAAUCAUCAGGACAGCCGUAAGCUUGCAGCUGAGGAGUUGCUAGAGAUUGCAUCUUACUUUGAGUCACAACCCGGUAGGCCUGCAACUAGAAUAUCGAGUUCCGCGAGGCGUGUGAGGAGUGCUAUGAGGAAGGCGGACAAGCCUGGCUUUGUUUCUGCUUUCUGUCAGACAAACUGUGGUGACGUUAGCCCAAACGUGCUUGGAGCCUUUUGCCUAGACACUGGUCUUCGUUGUGACUUCAAUCACAGUACAUGUGGUGGGAGAAAUGAGCUGUGCUAUGGGCGUGGACCAGGGUAUCCUGAUGAAUUUGAGAGCACACGUGUGAUUGGUGAGAGACAAUUCAAGAAGGCUUUGGAUCUUUUUAAUAAAGCGUCUGAGCAGCUUCAAGGGAAAGUUGAUUACCGCCAAGUUUACGUUGACUUUUCACAGCUUAAUGUGACGCUUUCUAAAAAAGAUGGAAGUUCAGAGGUUGUAAGAACAUGUCCGGCGGCAAUGGGCUUUGCUUUUGCUGCUGGAACCACAGAUGGACCAGGAGCAUUUGAUUUUACACAAGGAGAUGAUAAGGGGAACCCUUUCUGGAGGAUGGUGAGAAACUUUCUUAAAACACCUCACAAGAAACAAAUGGAUUGUCACUACCCAAAACCCAUCUUGCUUGACACUGGAGAAAUGACAAAGCCUUAUGCCUGGGCUCCGUCAAUUCUUUCACUGCAAAUUCUACGUAUUGGGAAACUUUUCAUUCUCAGCGUUCCUGGAGAAUUCACUACUAUGGCUGGGAGGCGUCUCCGAGAUGCUGUCAAAACACAGCUUAAAAGAAGCGGUGAUAAAGAACUGAGCGGUGAGAUUCACGUGGUGAUAGCUGGGUUGGCUAAUGGUUACUCACAGUAUGUGACUACCUUUGAGGAGUACCAAGUGCAAAGAUAUGAGGGCGCAUCUACAUUGUUUGGCCCACAUACACUCAGUGGAUACAUUCAAGAGUUCAAGAAGCUCUCCAAAUCUCUCGUCCUUGGUAGGAAUGUUCAGCCAGGGCCUCAGCCGCCGAAUCUCCUAGACAAGCAAGUGAGCUUCCUCACGCCAGUGGUGAUGGACUCAACUCCUGGCGGAGACAGUUUUGGGGAUGUAAUCUCGGAUGUUCCAAAAAACUUGUCUGUGAAGAGGGGAAGUAACCUGGUGACUGUUGUAUUCCGGUCAGCUUGCCCUAGAAACGAUCUAAUGACAGAAGGUACGUUUGCUCUGGUGGAGAGACUUGAGAGGGAGGACAAGACUUGGACCCCAGUUUAUGACGACGAUGACCUAUGUCUGAGGUUCAAGUGGUCGAGGCAUAAGAAGUUUAGCUCCCGGAGUCAAGCCACAAUAGAAUGGAGAAUUCCUGAGUCUGCAUCACCAGGUGUUUACAGGAUCACCCAUUUUGGUGCAGCAAAGAAGCUCUUUGGGUCAGUCCAGCAUUUCACAGGCUCAUCUAGUGCCUUCGUUGUAACAUAA